AUGCCCUAUGGCGAAACACACGCAACUACAGCGGGCGGGGAAGCCGAACAGAACGUCGACCUUGGAUAUAAAACUUUUACCCCCGGGGGCAUAACCAGGCCGGCUAUGAAGAUAAAGUUGUGGUCUCAUCGGUCGAGGCGGGAAGACCGGCCAAGAGCGAACAGGAACGGAGAAAAAGGACGCUGCAACGUCUCUUGCACUUCUGUCGGAGCGGAAAAAGGAACGCCAAAGGGGAACGUCCGUCGUCUGCACUCUCACAAGGCGGCUGCACUCUACGGAGGCCUGCGAAGAGAAACAUUCGGAAACUCCCCUCAGGCUGCGACCAACCCAUUUCUCCCGAAUUUUGCGAGAGAAAGGAACAUUAAACAACAGAGAAACAGAAGGAGAACCCGAUGUGCUGGUGACGACGAAACACAGGACGUUCAGUUUUUCUUGAUACUUGUCACUUUCAUGUUGGAGGCAGCUCUUGACAGCUCUGUGAACCACAAAAACUUAUUAUAG